AUGGCGGCACCGGUGGAGAAUUACAAGAGGUAUAGGAAGUUGGCGUUAAAGCUGGUUAAAGCUAGUUGUAAAUUAGAAUUUUUAAAAGAAUGUUUAAAUAAUAAGGUGUAUCCCAUGUCGAUUUACCGAAUUAGCAUCCCUAAGGAAUGCCGUUCUCUAAAAAGUAGGUUCUGUAUGGCGUGCCUCAAAAAGUCUAUUAGAAUAGCAAAAAACAAAAAGUAUGGGAUAUUGAGUGAGCUUAUUCGCUUGGAGGACACCAUAUAUAAUGAAGAUCCGGCCAAACUGAUUGAUAUCAAUAAAAGGGUGGUGGAAUUGGCGGAAGCUGUUUGUAGGAGUUCCAAUAAGCAGUAUGUCAAAAAGUUGAAAUGGAUUAUUCAUAAGCAAGUAAGAAGAGAUAAUAGGAAGAACCUUAGUACUUUCUAUGUAUGGGACCAGAUAGUAAUACCAAAGAAAAUCAAGCAGGUUCUGGAGAAAGGCCCGAACUUUGUCCCCACUGAAGUAGGUGGUUGGGAAACGUCAGUACAGGAGAUUGAGAGAGGGAUUGUUGGACUGGAUGCAUUAGAAAAGGAAUAUUUUAGAUGGAAAGCGGUCAUUAACAAACGGCCGAAGAACAGGACGGAUGGUAUUACUAGUAGGGACAUUUGGCUCACGAAGGAGUGGUUAAGGAUUAAUGAUCUUGUGUUGACAAGAGCAGACAAGACUAAGCAUUUGGUUAUCAUGAGAAGGCAUACUUAUAACAAGGAGUUGCUUAGUUACAUCGGAAAGACGGAAUGUGAAAUUGUUGGCGACAAGAUAGUUGGAACAUUGGACAGAAGAGUCAGGAGGCUGGAACGCUCGGGGCUUUCUGCUGUUUUACCUUUUCUCAAGAAAUGCUGGAACCCAAGGCCCGGAACUCCAAGAUUGUUUGCUUUCGCUAAAACCCACAAGACCGGAAUGGAGUUAAGGCCAGUUGUAGAGAAAUGCAGAGGACCCACCUUUAUAUUAGAAAAAAGGCUGCACGAAUAUUUAUCCUCACAUCUUGAUGGUGAUAGUCUAGUGGCACAGGAUCCUCUUAUUGUUGUCAAAGAAAUACAAGGUAUAUCUUUAAUGGAAGAUGAGGUAGCGACCGUUUCAGAUUAUGAAAGCAUGUAUCCUUCAGUAAUGAUUGAGUCUUGCGUGGAUGCGUUAUUGGAUUUCUUGUACAUAAAGAACUCCCAAUUGCUUCUUUACACCCAAGAGCUAGAAGAAAUGGCUAAACUGGUAUGCUAUGAGUCAUGCUUCGCAUUUUGUGGUCAGGUCUACAGGCAAAAAAGAGGGGUUCCGAUGGGAAGUCCCCUCUCAGGAAUCCUUUGCGAAUUAGUUGUCAGAAGAAUAGAAAGACGGGUACUUCAUAGUUUCAAGGAAGAUAUUGUAUAUUUCAGCAGAUAUGUGGACGACAUCCUUAUUUUAUGGAAAAAUAAUAGUAGGGUGCAUGAAUUUAUGAGUAGAAUUAAUGAUAACGAUGAUGGGCUUAAAUUGAGAUUAGAACAGAAGAGUUCCUUGAGUGUGCACUUCUUGGACAUUAAUAUCCGGUUUAUGAAAGGGCAUUUGUCCACAAGUGUUUAUAUUAAACCUACACACGCCCCUUUAUAUAUUCCAUCUCAAUCCAUGGAUCCAUAUCGGUAUAAGAUGGCAGCCUUCCGAGCGUUAAUAAGGAGAGCCUAUUUAUAUUGUGACCGAGUCGCUGACAGAGAGAAGGAGAUUGAUAGAAUAUUGCAGGUGGCCCGGACCCUGGGUUACAGAAAAAAUAUAGUUGUAGGAAUGCUUAAGAAGUAUGAAAGGGGCAUAGUAAAAAGAGAUUUAAGGAAUGUUCCUACUAGGAUCACAAAGUUUACUUAUAAUAGUAGUAUGAAUAGUGUAAUGAAAGAAAUUGCUAGUCGAAAGGAAUCAAGAAUGGUAUUAAGAAGAGCCCCUAAUUUGUAUAAGAUCUUGAGAAAUGAUAAGGAUAGUAUCAAAGUGGAAGAAAAAGCAGGGGUGUAUAAGAUUCCUUAUGAAAACCUACAACUGGAUGUUAAAAAAGAUUAUAUCGGCGUCACUACCAGAAACUUGGGAGUAAGGCUCAAAGAACAUAGAUACGCCAUAAGAAAAGCAUCUAAUUCAACGAUAUUGUCACAAAUGGCGCAAGCGCAAGGCUCUGAGGUUAAAUGGGAUGAGGCAACAAUCAUCAAGCCUCUGUCUUCCCCAACUCUAGCAAUGACGGCGGAGAAAAUUGAAAUAUACAGAAGUAGGAUAGGGGAAGGCUGUUUAAAUGCGAGAGAUGCGGAGAGCCUACCAUCGGCAUGGAAAUAUUUGGUUAAGAAAUAUACUAGAAACUUCGACCAGAAUUAA